ACUAUUGGUUUUUUGAAAUUGAAGAUGAAAUGUCGGUAGGUAUUACAUGUUUAAAAGUAAAUUAUAUAUACAUAUGUAUUGUACACAUAAAUAUUUAAAAUUUGAAUAGUAAUAUAUCGCACUUUAGUAGUAUCAACAUAAUCCAUUAGGAAUUUUCUGAUUUUUGGCAACUCUGUAUAUGUGUGUCGUAUUGCAGUAUAUAAUAGCCAUUUAAUAACGCGAGACACACUUGAAGUGAGAAGUUGGAAUUGAAUUUAUUAGUUUUUGACGGUGAAUAACGUAAAUUUAGUAAUAAAUUAUAAUUAAUAAAAUUCGAAUUGUAAUAAAGCAAUUUGAACUUAAAAUGGAAGUGAACGAAGAUGCAAUUGUAUCUUAAAAUUACUUGUGAAAAUCUAUGGGAAAAUUUUCAAGUAAAGCGAAUAGAAUUUUAUGGAAAUAGAGCAAUAACUAUAGAAGUAAAGAAAAGGAGGCGAUUUAAGAAAGAAGCGGUGACAGAGACAGCAGCUAGAGUGAGAGAAAGGUGAUUGCGAAAAAUCGAAAAGAAGAAAAAACAGAAACAAUGAGCACACAAACAACAAAAAGUCAGUAACAAAAAUGACAAUUCGGCAGAGACGUCGACAGUGUUGAUUGCAAAGUCGGCGACGACGACAAAAUGUUUCAUCGGCGUACGUGUAUGAAUGAAGAAUUAUAUUUCAUUUAAAAGUAGUGUUACAAGGUUUUGAUUAAAUAUAAUUCAUUCAAAGAUAAACAAUCUUCAUAAAGGAUAACAAAAUCAUAAAAGUGUAUUGAAUAAAAUUUUGAAUAUUGGAAAAUACAUAAAAUCUAAAGUAGUAAUUAAAACAGAAAGAAGAAGCAACAAAGUGUAUUAAGGAAAAGAAACAACAAAUUACCGAAAGCUAGUGGAUCCUCUCAUACACAGUUUUAUCACGUAAAAGCGAACUUGGAGCGUAAAGCAAACGUGAAACAUUAAAAAUCUGGGUACAGCAGCCAGUUUCGGUGUAUAUAUUUCCAGUGGUGUUGUGCAAAGCAAGGUUGUGUGCUGCUUUCUGUGUUAUUUGUAUUUUGAGCGUAUCAGCAGCAUAGGCAACAAUACAACAACAGUAUAUGUACAAUAGCGCCGACGGUAGCAGUGCAGUCACAGCAACACUUAUAUUAAUUGUGCACGAGUGUAUCAACGACUGCGACGACGACACUGCUGUUUCAGAGAUUCAAACGUACACGAGCACGAUUAUUAGCGACGUUUAUUUAGUGAAGUGGUUGGAAAAGCAGAAGAGGCGGCAGAAGUAGCAACAAAAGCAUACAAAAUAAAGAAAAAACGGUAAAAGAAGAAGCAAGCAUGGCAAACAUGAACUAAAUUUUGCAUAAGACGAGAAACGAGCAUUUCGAUUGUAAAAAGUUCACUUCGAUAUGUGUUUUUGCAAAUAAAAAAAAGCUAAUAUAAAACGUGGAAUAUAGUUUAUGAGUGAAGCUUAGAAAGAAGUAAAAAAGAAAUUGAAUUAAUACCAGUAAUAGCAACAGUAUUGGAUUUACUGACAAGGUUUAGUGAAAGAAGAAGCAAAUGUGACUACAUAAAAGCAAAAACACGAAUAGAGGAGGACGAGCGAACGCACAAAUUACCCACGAACGCAACUGAUAUAACAGAAAGCACAUUAAAUAUGCUGAAAGUCAAAAAAGAAAAGAGAAUGACUGCGUGAGCUUCGCAGUGGCGGCGAGCGCCUAUUAAAUUUUGUACGGUGGCCUCAAAACUUAAAGAACUAGAAAAAAGUAAAUGGAAAACAGAUUAAGAAUAUUACAUGCGAUAGUGAAAAAAGUGAAAAAUUUAAUAUAAAGAGAUAUAAACUUAAAGACACAUUAGUUGGAAGAUUAAAGAGUCCAAUACCGGCAAACAGUGUUUAAAAUUUUAACCACUGCGAGUAAAAAACGGAAGACUCUAGUCGGGUUCCGAUUAUAUUUAUAAGAUUAGUUAGAGUGACUAAUUGAUCCCAAAACAUCAAACAAAAGUUGAAAGUGAAAAAACAGCGCAACACAUCACAACACAGAAUGUAUGGAAAAGCAAAGACAUCGUCAGUGCCAUCAGAUGCACAGGCACGUGAAAAAUUGGCGCUAUAUGUUUAUGAAUACCUGUUACAUGUUGGCGCCCAGAAAGCAGCUCAAACAUUUCUAUCUGAAAUUCGGUGGGAGAAAAACAUUACGUUAGGUGAGCCACCUGGGUUCCUGCACACAUGGUGGUGUGUGUUUUGGGAUCUCUACUGCGCCGCGCCAGAACGGCGAGAUCAAUGUGACCAUUCAUCUGAGGCUAAGGCCUUCCAUGACUAUGGUUUUGUUAGUUCCGGCUACGGAGUAAAUGGAAUUGGUCCCGGGGGACCGCAUAGUGCUGGUGGUCCAGCUCCUAGUCCACUGGGUCAAAUGCCACCAGGUAGUGAAGGUCCGAUGGGGCCAGGUGGUCCAAUGGGUCCUAAUUUCUUUCCAAAUUCCACAAUGCGACCGUCGCCACCGACUCAUGCGUCGAGUCCACAACCGCCACCAUCACAAAUGAUGCCUGGACAACCGCCAUUUAUGGGCGGGCCUCGAUAUCCUGGAGGACCCCGUCCUGGUGUACGCAUGCAGGGCAUGGGUAAUGAAUUUAACGGACCUCCUGGUCAACCUAUGAUGCCGAAUAGUAUGGAUCCGACGAGACCUGGAGGUAUGGGUCCCAUGAAUCCGCGUAUGAAUCCUCCUCGUGGGCCAGGUGGAAUGGGUCCUAUGGGGUACGGUGGGCCUGGAGGCAUGCGAGGUCCUGCACCAGGACCGGGUGGAAUGCCACCAGGUAUGGGUAUGGGAGCGGGCGGACGACCGCCACAGUGGCAACCAAACGCUACAGCACCAAUGAACGCUUAUUCAUCAUCUUCGCCUGGGAACUAUGGCCCUGGACCGGGUUCGAAUGGACCACCUGGCCCAGGAACGCCGAUUAUGCCAUCACCCCAAGAUAAUACCCAAGCUGGUCCAGGCGGUCCAGGCGAUAAUAUGUACUCGAUAAUGAAGCCUGAAUUUCCAAUGGGUGGUGGACCAGAUGGAGGUGGAGGAGGUCCGGGAGGCAUGGGUCCUAUGGGUGGAGGUCCUAAUUCUAUGGGUCCUGUACUUAAUGGUGGUGGUGGAGACGGUACCGGAUUAGAUGGCAUGAAAAACUCACCAGCAAAUGGAGGUCCGGGAACGCCUCGUGAAGAUUCUGGAAGCGGAAUGGGAGAUUACAAUUUGGGCGGAUUCGGUGGUCCGGGGGAAAAUGAUCAAAAUGAAUCAGCAGCUAUACUAAAGAUAAAGGAAAGUAUGCAUGAAGAGGCCAAAAGGUUUGAAAAAGACUCGGAACACCCGGACUAUUUUAUGCAAUAACAACAUAGUGGCAACAACACAACCACGACGCACACGACAGCGGCGGUUGCUGCAGUGGCGGCGGCUUUAGGAGCAAAUAUGUUGUGCGGUCAAGCUGCAGCUGUUUCUCAAAAUCUUAGCACCAGUAACUCUAGUGGCAACAACAAUCUCAUAAACAAUGCCAACAACAGUAGUCCCCCCGUAUUAACGCCGCAUUUCCAUAAGGAACUUAAUUUUUAAAGAAACAAUUUUUGAUUACAACUAACAUCAUACAGAAUCAGAUGAUACAAAUUUAUAUAUAUAUAUAUAUAUAUAUAUAUACAGUUAUGAAAAAACCACUGUUUAAUUAUCAAUAACAGUAUAUAUAAAUAAUCCUAAUUCAGAUUACAUGUCUUUUAAAAUUACCAGGUUGGAAAUGAGACCGACCGUAAAGAACAGUUAAGAGAAUGCCCAAAAAUUUAAUAUUUUUUUCCAGAUCUUUAAUCGAUCCCUGUCUUGUUCUGUAGACAACGCGCCAAUUCAAUAACGCGGAUAAAUCUCAAAUCAAGCGAGCUACUUAAAAUGAUCUUUGAGUAACUUUUACUUUAAAAAAUUUGCAAAAAGUAUUAAGAUUGUACAAAAUAAAAGCGCAAUUAAAUAUAACAAUAGAUACCGUGCACAGCCGAUUUUACAAAUCAAAUAAAAGAUAAAUAAUUUCGAAUGUGGAAUUUAAGAUGGUCAAGAUAUCGAAAUUAUACAAAUAUGCAACACGAAUCCUACAUCCCUGUCUUUGCUUCAUUGCUAAGCAUGAAGCAAAUAUAAAACAACAUGAAUAUAGAAAAAUCCGUAAAGACAUGUUUUUUUUUUUGUAAAAAAUAUACAUACAUUUACCAAUAAUUGUUAAACCUAAAAUAAAUUUAAAAUAAUAUGGUACUUAUUAAAGCGAACUUAAAUUGUAUAAUAUUAAACAUAAACGACUACAUAUUACUAAAUGCUAAACGCAGAUAUGUUAAAAUAUAAAAACUUAUACCUUUUAAAAGGAUUUCACCUAUGAGGAAAUACUUUAAUGCAAAAAUCGUGUAUAUUUAAGAGUAUUUAAAGUAAACGCGGUAAAUGCAGCACUACAGCUGUAGAUGCUGCAUUAACUGCUCAACAAUAUACGUGUAUAAUAUAAUACUAAAAUAUGGAAUAUGUAAAAUAUAUAUAAAUAAAAGGUAUAUAACAAUUAUUUGUCAGACGCAGCACUCGAAUUUUAUGAAAUCUCUUUUUUUAGUUGCAUUAAGUAUAUAAAACAUGCUUAAGCGUCGAAAGAGGAGAGAAGCGUGGACACCACCUCAUAAUUAUAUAAAUUGCACAAAUUGAAUGCCAUGCUGCGUAAAACGAAUAAAUUCUCCUGAAAUAUUAAUAUAAAUAUUUUCGUUCAUUAAAAUAAUCAAGCUUUUAUAAAGCAAAACUGUAGUGCUCAGCACAAAUUUGAAUUAAUUGGGCACAAGAGUACACCCAAAAUAAAUUUAUAUUAUAAUAUUUUCAUGCAAUUUUAAAUGGUUUAUAUAUGAACAUAUGGACAUAAUUUAAAAAGUGUAGUAAGAAUAAUUAUAUGGUUUAAAUGUAUACAUAUGUUCUAUUUUUUCGCUUUCAUCAAAUUUUUUAUUUUUAUUUAUUAUGUUUGCAAAAAGUGCAGCCAAAUUUUUCCGUAGAAAAAGAAAUUUUAUUGGUUGAUUAGAUAUGAGCGUUUUCGGAGGUAAAAAAUAUAUAUGUAUGAAGUUCCAUUCUCUUUAUAUAUCUUUAUAUAUUUAGUUUGAUAUAUUCAAUAUUCCAAAUUCUGAAGAGUUAUAACGUUUUUUAAAUAUUCAAUUAGUUUUAAAGUAGUGCAUUCAUGACAAAACAUCACGUGCUCUUAAUAAAUUUGUUUUAUCCAUAUUGAUUCAGUAUACACCAUAAUUUGUAAUUACAGUAUGAAAACAAUUACUGUUGAAGGUGUCACAAAAGAUCUUACAAGUAAUAUCGGCAAUGGUGGUGUGCCAGCAAAAAAUAUACAAUUAGAUAAAGAAAUAAAUCUUUUGUUCGCAUAUAAAAAUAUGUAAAAUAUAUGUUUAUAUCUAUUUAAAUACUAUAUCAUAAAUGCGUACAUGCAGAUUUAGUAAGGAAUGAGUGAUUUUAUGCGGCUGAGGGGAAAAUAGAAUCAUCCCAUAUACACGUAUAUAUGUAGACAUAAAUAUACAAAUAUUUCUAUAACUAUGCUUAUAUACGAUACAUAUACAUAUAAGCUGCAUGUGUAUAUAUACUAAUAUAUGAUGCAAUAUUGUACAAAAAUUCAAAUUAUAUACACAGCAUAUGUAAUUAAAUAAAAUAUUUACUUUAUAUAUAAAAAAUAAUUAUAAUUUCAAAAGAUAGCACAUUACAACUUAAAAGUCUUUAUAGUUAUCAUUAGCAGAAGGGAAAGCAAAGAAUAAAUAAAAUAUUAAAAAAAAACAUAAAAAGCGAAAAACACUUAAAAACAAAAAAUGGUUGAAUAAAUUAGUUAAUAAGUACAAUGUAAGUAAUGAAAUAUGAAUAUCUAUUAUGUAGGCAUGUAUUGUACAAUAUUUAUACACGGAUUAUUGAUCAUUGUUCUUACAUGUAUGUAUGUAUGUAGUACACGUUUUUUUUUUUUAUUACUGUGUCCUUAGAGCGGUUUAGUCUUAAUUUUACUGAUUUUUCAUAUCCCAAAAAUUAGGGUUAGUCCUCUUUGAUGUAUUAAUUUUAUUUUAAAAUUCAAAAAAGAUAAAUCAAAACACAUGCAUUAUAUUGGUAUUAAAAAGAGCGUUUCAUUAACUGCAUCACUUUUGAAAUACAUACAUACAUUUUGUAUUCAUAAAGGUAAAGUUGAUGACAAUUUUAUUAGUAUCUGAAAAUUAAUUUGUAGUUGCAUAUUUCAACAAAUAUUUAAUACGAAAACCACUAAAAUAGUUUUCGACAAAUGCAAAAUAAUGAAAAUAUUAAUUUCUAAAAUUUUAUAUUAUAAGCUUAAGAUAAAAAAUAAUAUACCUAUAUAUAUAAUAUACAUACAUAUAUAUAUAUAUAUAUGAAAUAAAAAUUUGCAUAUGACAAAAUUGUGUGAAAGAAGGAAUGGACAAUGAAUGCACACUUUUAUGCGAUUAAUGUCAUUGUAAUUGACGAUGAUGAAUGUGAUCAUCGUGGUAAUAUUUCGUGAUGAAUAUAUGAAUUUUGAUGCAGUUUGUAUGCAUGAAACGAUAAAAACCGCAGUUGCAAAAAAAAAAAAAAAAAAAAACAA